UGAAGAUAUUGAGGAACAAACAGACCUGAUGGCGCUGAAAGAGGAGAGUCAAGUUCUGAAUGAAAUGGAAAAGAAAGAUCCGCACGAAAUACAUCAUGAUUUCAUAACUGGAGAAAAAUCUUGUUGUUUUUCACAGACUGAAGAUGCUUCCUCUCAAAAAAGAGCACAGAAGACUAGAACUAGAAGUCAUUUCACCUGCCAACAAUGUGGAAAGAAUUUAAACAAAAAAGAAAGCAUUAAAAUUCAUAUGAGAAUUCACACUGGAGAGAAGCCUUACACCUGCCAACAGUGUGGAAAGAGUUUCCCAAGAAAAUAUAAUCUUAGGAUGCACAUGAAAAUUCACACUGGAGAGAAGCCUUACACCUGCCAACAGUGUGGAAAGAGUUUCCCACGAAAAGAAAGUCUUAGGAUUCACAUGAGAAUUCACACCGGAGAGAAGCCAUUUGUAUGUUGUCAGUGUGGAAAGAGUUUCCCUCAUAAAGCAACCUUUCAUUCUCACAUAAGAAUUCACACUGGAGAGAAGCCUUACACCUGCAAACUGUGUGGAAAAACUGCGAACCACAAAGGAAAUCUUAAAGCUCACAUGAGAGUUCACACUGGAGAGAAGCCUUUCACGUGUGAUCAGUGUGGAAAAUGUUUCGUACGCAAGGAAGGCCUUAGUAAGCACAUGGAGAUUCAUUCAAGAGAGAGCUGUUUUAUAUGCCCUCAGUGUGGAAGUACAUUCACAGACAGGAAACACUUUAAGAGCCACGUAAUAACUCACAUCAGACAUGAGCCUUUUAUGUGUCAUCACUGUGGAAAGACUUUCACAAGAAAAACAAACCUCAAUACUCAUACGAGAAUUCACACUGGAGAGAAACCUUUAACGUGAACAAUGUGGUAAGAGUUUCAGAUGGGAAAACAACCCUUUAUACCCACAUGAGAGUUCACACCACAGAGAGGCCUAUUCACGUAACUUCAGUGUGAGUUUCAGAUAUCAAAUAGAUCUGAAGAGUUAUUUGCAAACUCAUUCUGGCAAGAAAUUGCAGUGUUCUGAGUGUGGUAAUAGGUUUAGAAAAUGGAGCAAUUUGAAAUUUCACCUGUGCACUGGAGAAAGUAGGCUACCUGUGGGACUGUAAUAGCAUUAAAUUUACUUUCAACAACUUAGUCCAUAAAUGUCCAAAAUAUUAUAAAUGGUAAGGGAAAGUAUUAACCUUUUGCAAGGGUUUU